AUGGUUUCGCGAAAAACACAAAACAAUUCGUUAUACAAUCAAGACAAGAAUGAACGAAUGAAUCACCUGGCGUGGAAUGGCAACGGAACAAUCUCCGACAGCGGCGUUGGUGCCAGCAACGGUGACGCUGAUCAAAAGCACCAGCUUGGAACAUCCUUGCAAGUCGACGAUCAUGACAAUGUUAGGUUUGGCCUUUUUGGGAGUGAACGAGGGUUUCCCGGGAUAAAGAAUUUUGCAGAGCUCAUCGAAUAUGACCUGCUAGAUAAUUCGGCGCUUGUUGUGGCCGGCAGCGGUCGAACGUGGUGCAAGAAAACCCUAAUUCGACAAAACCAGAUCGGUGAUCGGAGAAAGAAUCUGACGGUGAGCGAAGAUGGUUCUCGCGUAGUUAGGUGGAUUUCGCGUGCUGAGCAACGUGACCAUCGACGGAUUAUUCCUUUAAGCACAGUGAUUUUACAUGUAUCUGGACUUGCGCAUUAUUCAGUGAUAAGUUAUCAAGAAUUUGCGCAAUAUUUGGGGAUAAGUUAUUAA